AUGGAUUGGAAAUCUCGACUCAAGUUUGAUGUGAGAUCAUACCAAGAGAUGGUUGUUAUUCCGAUGAAACAAAUAAGUGAGUAUAAUAAGCAGCUUACAUAUCUUAAGAACAAUGUCGUGAAAGAAAAGGAGAUUUCAAAGGCUCUCCCUGAUAUAUUUGUAGUUGUGUUCCAGAAGCUGCGUGAAACUAGUGAAGAAAACCAAAUUAUGGAUUGUCAAGAACGCUUCUUUAAGGAUCAAAUAGACAUAAUUCAUAAGCAUACUGAAGAGAAGGAAAGGCGGUAUGAGAAGUUGCUUCAAGAGGAGCAUGCUAAGGAAAUUUACUGA